AUGAACAAUCCAUACAGCGCUAAUAAAGAUGAUCAGCAGCAGGGGCCACCUCAUAAUCCUAUAGAAGAUCCAUACCAUAGGCAUCAGGAAAUCGAUCCACCAGAUCAUGUAGACCAUGAGUAUCUGCAGAAUCAGGAUUAUCUUGGUCUGUCCCUGCUGCUUAUCAACCAACCUCAAUAUUUUCGCUCCCAACAGCAACAGCAACAGCAAGAGCAACAGCGGCAGCAAUUUCUGCAUCAACAGCGACAGAUCCAAAAUUAUAACCAGCAAAUGCAACUUCAAUUUGAGUUGCAAAGACAGCAGCAGCAGCAGCAGCAGCAACAGAUGCACGUACAAUAUCAAGUGCAACCUCAACAGCAUUUCUCUCAAAUUUCAUACCCACAACAAUUUCUAGGAGCGCCCCAUGAUACUUACCUAGCACAGCCACAACCUCAGACGAAAAGUAUCUCUCCAGAUAAGAAAAAGACUGUUUCAAGGAUAAGAACCCCUGAUAACACUGCAUCAAGUUCAACUGUAAAUAUCUCCGAACUGCAGCUAACAGGAUCUGCCAGGAAAAGGCAUCGUAGAUCAGACUCCACUAAUAUAGAUGACUCUGAUUUUGAACUUAAACAAUUAGCAUUUAAAGCAUCUGAGAUACCCUUGACCGAGUUGGCAUUAAAGAUCAAGGCAGUGGAGAAUGAUGACAAUAUCCCUGAGAGCAAACCAAGCAGCUCUGCAACAUCGACAGGAGUUUCUGCGAGUGUGACUGGAACUGCAACUGGAACUGUUGCAACCACUGGAGUUGUCCCAGGAGGAGUUAUUAAUACUAGCAAAGAGCGCCAGAGACAAAUAUUUGCUAUGGUUUGGUUGCUUGGCUCGUGUGAAUCCUCUGCCACAGCUGUCGUCCCCAGGAACAGGAUCUAUGCCAGAUAUGUACAACUAUGUGCAGAUAACAGCUUGAAACCAUUAUCUCCAGCCAGCUUUGGGAAAUUGGUAAGAAUUUUAUUUCCUAAUUUGACUACAAGAAGAUUGGGUAUGAGAGGUCAAUCUAAGUAUCAUUAUUGUGGUAUUAAAUUGGUUGGAGAUAACAGCUUCCAAGAUUUUAAUAACUCGCAAUCUCCAGCAUCUGUUUCAUCGUCAUAUGGCGUUGAUUCACCACAGUCCCAAGGAGCGAACACUCCUUCAUUUUUUGGUAGUCCAAUAACCAUUGGGACUACCCACUCAAAUUUUUCCACUCCUGCUGCAGCAGGACUUUCAGCUGCCUCGACAGAGCCUACUUUCACUUUGUACCAACAACAAGCUCAAUACUUUCAGUAUCAACAGGGCUUUUUGAAGUAUAUUCCCGAUCUUUUUGCCAUGAUUGAAAAAUCCAUGAGUUCAGAUAAUAUGAAUAAGUCACCUAUAGUGUUACCAUCAAUAUAUCCCUAUUUACCUAGAGAUUCUGACUAUGAUAUUGCUGAUACUUUGUAUUCAUUAUAUCGUGUACAUUGCACUACAGUUUUCGAAAGUUUGAGAUACAUGCACAUUAAGAAGCUAUUUACAGCUUUUUCCAAUUUUACUGGAAUUUUAACAGCACCUGUCUCCAAACUUUAUGGCAGUGAAUUUGUGUUUGAAUGGGUGAAAGAGUGUGAUAAUGUCAUGUACAGGUCAAUGACCAAGAUGUUAACUAAACUACAUUUGCAAAAUGUUCCUGCUGAUGUCUUAGACAACUUGAAAAUUAUUGCAUCGCAGUAUACUGAUAAGCUUUCAAUGAGCAUUCAAAACAAAGUUCCAAAAUCUUUCAUAAUUAUGAAACUUACAGGCGCACAAAGAUUUGUUAAAUCAUUAUCUAGGUUGAUUAGAGUCAUUGAGACUGGGCAGAGCACGGCAAGAAUUUUAAACAAUUCCAUUGAAAGGCAAGCAAUGCUUGACGAUUGGAUGAAGUUAGAGAUAAAUGAAAUUGUUUUGCGCGAAGUUCCAUGCUCUAAUGAUAAUGUCCAGAUAUUAUUGAGAAUUUUUGGUACUGAGUUUAUCGCUUUGUUUGAUAAGAAGAGCAAGGAUGACCAUAGGGGCAAUCCUUUCUUGUCAAAUAUUGCGAGUUUUGUUUCGAACCUCCCGUCUAGAUUUUCUCGAGUGAAUGCAAGGAUGUUUUUGCUAGUGACCAGCAAUUUACUCACUACAUGUCUUCGAGAGAUCAGUUUGUCUGGAGGUCAAGGAUUUGGUGCUUGGUGGGUUGUACGGUGCUGGGUUGAUGAAUAUCUUAACUGGUACUUUGAACUCGGAGGAAUUUUACAAGAAGAAUUCCGAAACAAUUUCGAAAAAGAAAUUUCACAACCACUAAAGACUGAACCACAUGAGCAAGAUCGUUUGGAACAGCUUGCACUCGCAGAGCAUGCACAUACACAUGUAGAUGAUCCAGAGCUUGACAAUAGAAAGAUUUUUGACUUGUUGGACGAUUCCAAGGGAUUUGAAGACAUUAUAGGUGAUGCAUCGACAGAAGGACUAUUGGACCUCGACCAUGUUGGAGUAGAAAAAUUAUUAGGCAAGAGUGAUGAUAUCUUGGGCCUACACUAA